AAGGCGGCCAUUUUGUGCUUUAGCCCCCGGGACGAGGGCUUGGAGUGCAGUGCAAGAUAAGCACGCGCCUUGCUAGGUCACUAGUCUGCUCGCCUCCAACGGGAUCGUCCCUCGCCGGCCGUGCCUCCCAUCGCCACUGCUGCCUCUCCUCUCAUUCCCUUGGCGGCCGGCAGGGCGACUUCGCGAUUGAGAGAUCCACGCAAUUUGGAAGCUAAAGAUCUUGGAAGCUAAUCUAGAAUGGCCGUGACCUUGAAUGCUCCGGUCAUCAAUGCUGCUUCCAACGCCCAGGGCUUGGCCGCUCUAAACCAGGACCUCGCGCUUGGCUGCUCCAACACUGCGUUGGGAAUCGCGAAAGCUGGGAUCCUUAAGAGUAAGCUACUUGGAGCUCGCCCUUGCACUGGAUUCUCGUCUCGACACCUCUCCCCGGCUAGGCUGCCUGUGAAAUGCGGCUCCAGCUUCUACAGCGAUGGAAACUUGGCGGAUGAUUCUAUCCAGGACGAUGAAAACUAUAUCAACUCCACUGUUUUGGAAGCUGUGGAGGUGAAGAGUGGAGCUGACGGUUUCAUGAUCACAAUGCGAGAUGGGCGUCACAUAAGAUGCGAGCACAACAAUGCUGAUGGUGGUCACUUACCAGACUACGCACCACAGCCGGCAAUUGUGCUCAAGAUGGACGACGAUAGUAACCUUCUUCUUCCAAUAAUCGUUUUGGAGUUACCCUGUGCAAUGCUCAUGGAAGCUGUGCGAAACAUUCAAGUUGCCAGACCAACAGUAUACAAUGUGAUGAAAGAUAUGAUUGAGCUGAUGGGAUAUCAACCCAAGCUUGUGCGCAUCACAAAACGGGUACACGAAGCUUAUUUUGCAAGACUGUAUCUUGCAAAGGAUGAGAAUGGAACUCAGAAGAUUUGCAGUCUCGACGUGCGUCCUUCGGAUGCUAUAAAUCUUGCAGUUCGUUGCCAGGUUCCGAUUCAAGUGAACAAGCAACUUGCCUAUUGCGAUGGUGUUCGCAUCGUCAAGGAAGCCAUGAGGCUGCCACUAAAAGGUUUCAAGGGACUAUCAUUGGACAGGCCGGAAUCUGGAACAUGUACAGAGGCGGAAGAGUUCGUCCUGGUCCGUAGCAUGAUGGUUGCAGCUGUGGAGGAGCGCUACAACGAUGCAGCGCGCCUGAGAGACCAGCUCAGCAAGUUCCGUUCGUCCAAGAAGCGCCAGCAAGAGGCGUAAAGCGUUCAUGGUGGACGAUUGUACAUAAAACUAAAAGCAGCACUCUCUGUACAAAAGUAAGCACAGGUAGAUGUACAUAGAACACUACUGGAGAAAGCGGUAAGUUGAGAGCCUCCCUUUCUCUCUUUUCUCUCUCGCUCUCGCUCUCCCUCUCCCCACCAUAGUCACCGAUUGUUUCAAUUUUUCUCACUGUUCGAAGACAAUGAAAAAGUUGAUCAAAAGAUA